GAUGUUAAUAUCUGAUUUUUUGAAAGUAUAUACCAGAAGCUUCUUAUACGCGUACUCAAACUUGAUUGCUUUUGUAACAAUGGCGAGCUUGGCUGAUGUCGGUUGGAAACUGCUUGAAUUCAAAGCCCGAUCGAAACGAUCAGAUUUGUGAUUUAGCUGAAAGAGAGAGACAAAGACGAUUGGCCUUAAUUUCACCUUUUGAAAAUGGCUGGGAUAAAAGGGCCUCGCCAGAAAGUCCAAAGACUGGGAUCCAUCUAUGAGCCCCUCAAGCUGUCCAUCCUCCACCGUGAGGAUGAGCCCCUGUGGGAGAAGCUGGACCGCUACUACAAUGCUGUCAAGACCACCAUCCUCAACUACCAGAGUCCCACCACCGGCCUCUUCCCCAUUAAGACCUGUUCCACUUGUAAAGAGGCCAAGGUGCGGGACUCCCUGUACUGUGCGGCAGGAGCCUGGGCGCUUGCCAUGGCCUACCGUCGCAUCGACGAUGACAUGGGACGCACCCAUGAACUGGAGCACUCAGCCAUCAAGUGCAUGAGAGGAAUCCUCUACUGCUACAUGAGACAGGCACAUAAGGUGGAACAGUUCAAGCAGGACCCCAACCCCUCAAAGUGUCUGCACUCCAUGUUCAAUGUGGACACAGGUGACGAGAUCCACACCUAUGACCAAUACCACCACCUGCAGAUCGACGCCGUCUCCCUGUUCCUGCUCUACCUGGUGGAGAUGAUCUGCUCUGGCCUGCAGAUAAUCUACAACACUGACGAGGUGUCCUUCAUCCAGAAUCUGGUGUUCUGCGUGGAGAGAGCCUACAGGGUGCCCGACUAUGGCAUGUGGGAGCGAGGCAGCAAGUACAACAACGGCAGCACCGAGCUGCAUUCAAGCUCCGUGGGCCUGGCCAAGGCUGCUUUGGAGGCCAUCAAUGGCUUUAACCUGUUUGGAAACCAGGGUUGCUCCUGGUCGGUGAUCUUCGUGGAUCUUGACGCCCACAACCGAAACAGACAAACGUUGUGCUCCCUGCUGCCCCGAGAGUCACGCUCUCACAACACGGACGCAGCCUUACUGCCAACCAUCAGCUACCCUGCCUUCGCUGUGGAUGACGACGCCCUCUACAGUCAGACGCUGGACAAAAUCGUCCGCAAGCUGCGUGGCAAGUACGGCUUCAAGCGUUUCCUCCGUGACGGAUACCGAACCUCCAACGAGGACAAGGACCGCCGAUACUACAAACCUGCUGAAAUGAAGCUCUUUGAUGGGAUCGAGUGCGAGUUUCCUAUAUUCUUCAUCUUCAUGAUGAUUGACGGGGUGUUCCGAGGGAAUCAGCCUCAGGUGAAAGAGUACCAGGACCUUCUUGAGCCCAUCAUCUUUCAGUCUUAUGAGGGCCAUGCCGUGGUGCCCAAGUACUACUAUGUGCCUGCCGAUUUUGUGGAGGCCGAGCAAAGCAAGCAUGGCAGUCAGAAGCGCUUCCCCAGCAAUUCUGGACGUGACGGCAAGCUCUUCCUGUGGGGCCAAGCCCUCUACAACAUUGCCAAGCUGCUAGUUGAUGAACUGAUAAGCCCCAAGGACAUUGACCCCAUCCAUCGCUACGUUCCUCGACAGGACCAACGCAACGUCAGCAUGAGAUACUCCAACCAGGGCCCCAUAGAGAAUGAUGUUGUUGUCCACGUGUCACUGAUAGCUGAAAGCCAGAGACUGCAAGUGUUCCUGAACACAUACGGCAUCCAGACACAGACACCGCAGCAGGUGGAGCCUAUCCAAAUCUGGCCUCAGAAGGAAUUGGUCAAGGCGUACCGCUUUCUGGCCGUCAACAGCAAGCUGGGCCUGAGUGGGCGUCCGGAUCGACCCGUGGGCUGCAUUGGGACCUCCAAGAUUUACCGCAUCCUGGGCAAGACGGUGGUGUGCUACCCGAUUGUCUUUGAUCUGAGCGAUUUUUACCUGUCUCAGGAUGUCAUGCUGCUCAUUGACGACAUUAAGAACGCCCUACAGUUCAUCAAGCAGUGUUGGAAGAUGCAGGGACGACCUCUCUUCUUGGUGCUCAUCCACGAGGACAACAUCAAGGGAAGCCGCUUUAAUCCGGUGUUGGACAUGCUGGCCUCCUUUAAGAAGGGCCACAUUGGAGGAGUCAAAGUUCACGUGGACAGACUUCAGACGCUGAUUUCGGGAGCCGUGGUGGAGCAAUUGGACUUCCUGCGUGUCAAUGAGGCCGAUAUCCCGGAGUUCAGGAGCUUCGAGGAGCUGGAGCUUCCCAAACACUCCAAAGUCAAGCGACAGACGAGCACACCCAACGCCUCCGACUUGGAGCAGCAGCCUGAGAUCAGCGUGGACGAGUGGCUGCACAAACCCACGAACGAGAUCCUCCAGAAGUUCCACGAUUGUGACUGCUUGGCCAGCCAGUCUCAGCUCGCCAGAAUCCUGCUCAGGAGGGAAGGCUCGGACUUUCUCACCACGGAAGAGAACCUGAUGGAAGAGUUGGAGAGGAUCUACCGACAAGCUGGCAGCCGGAAGCUUUGGUCCGUUGUCCGUCAUGCCGCCAGUCUGUUAACUAAGCUGGUGGACAGCCUUGCCCCCAGUAUUACUAGUGUUUUAGUGCAUGGCAAGCAGGUGACGCUGGGUGUGUUUGGCCACGAAGAGGAGGUGAUUUCCAACCCGCUGUCUCCCAGCGUGAUCCAAGGCAUCAUUUACAGCAAGUGCUGCCCAAUAGGGGGCGAGCGCGAGGCCGUCCUGCAGCAGGAGCUGGUCAUCCACAUCGGGUGGAUCAUCUCCAACAGCCCAGAGCUGUUCAGUGGCAUGCUCAAGAUCCGAGUUGGGUGGAUUGUCCAGGCCAUGAAACAGGAGCUGAGAAUCCGGGCGGGAGACAUGCCCUGCCAGGACAUCUACCAGCUGUCCCCCAGCGACAUCAAACAGCUCUUACUGGAUGUGCUGCAGCCUCAGCACACGGGCAGGUCAUGGCUACACCGCCGCCAAAUCGACGGCUCACUUAACAGAACGCCUCUGGGCUUUUACGACCGGGUCUGGCAGAUCCUGGAGAGGACCCCUAAUGGGAUUCUGGUCAGCGGGACACACCUACCGCAGCAACCUACGCUGUCUGACAUGACCAUGUACGAGAUGAACUUCUCCCUGCUGGUGGAGGACACGCUAAAGAGCAUCGUCCUGCCGGAGUACAGACAAACCAUCGUGGAGCUGCUGAUGGUGGUGUCCAUUGUGCUGGAGAGAAACCCGGAGGUGGACUUUGCCGACAAAGUGGACCUGGACAGUCUGGUGAAGGAAGCCUUUGCCGACUUCCAACGGGAUCGUAGUCGCUCGGAAGGCAUCGAGAAACAGGAUGACAUGCAGGCCUUCUACAACACGCCACCUGUGGGCCGGAGGGGCACUUCCAGCUACCUGACUAAGGCUGUUAUGACCCUGUUGUUGCAAGGGGAUGUGAAGCCCUGCAAGGAUGACCCGUGUUCUGUUAGCUAGAAGCCCCGACGCAGUUUCUGUCACCUCACUCGUUACAUUGCUUAAUUCGCAUGCGUGCUAAUCGCUGGGUGGUUUUUAAUAGUGGUGGUACACCACAUGGUUGAUGGAAACCUGAAAAGUAGGGGCUUCUGACAAGUAAGUCAUUUUGUUAGUUAUCUCUCUCUUGCCUAAUUUAGCAUAAAAGAAAGGAAGACUGAGAAUCUUUAGAUUACAGGCAGCUAGUGCAUUUUUUAGUCCUUAUACUCAACACACGGCAGCCAUCUCAGAAACGUUUUGGGACGGUCAGCAAGACAAGGUCUUAAGAAAUUGCUCUUUGAUUGGCAUUUUGUGUUCAAGCUCCUUCUAAUCUGAGUGUGAAACAACAAAAUGGGCCAGAUAAAUCACGGUACGUAGCAAAUUUUCAGCAGAUGUUCGGUAAACUAGCUUGUCUUGCGCUAAUGUAACGCAAGCUAAGCUAUGCCUAGACGCUUGUGAUGGUAGCGGAUAAAAUCUUCAGGACAAGUUUGAAGGAUGUGUGGAAAUGGCUAAAAUGACCCUAAAACUGCCUCUUUAAACUGAAAUAACGGACCUGGUGUUUGUUUUACAACAUGGGUCUUUUGAGACUUUUUUGUGGGUCUACUCAUGAUAGAUUUGUCUGCCAAAAUUCAUGUGCCUAAACUGGGGUCUUAGUUAAAAAAAAAAAAAAAAAAACGAGUGGGAAUUUUUUAAUAGAAUGGUGAAAAUGACCUUGAAAUGUCCUCUUUAAACUAAAAUGGCAGACCUCCUGUUAGUUUUACAUUAUGGGUCCUUGAGACUUGUGGGUCUACUCUUGAUAGGCAUGCCUGCCAAAUUUCCUCUUGCAAAGUGUAACUGGAUUCAGGGGCUGGAUUAUUAAAUUUCAAUAUAAUAAUACCAGAGACUGCAAAGUUAUUCGAAUUUUGUUUUUUAUGGCAAGUCACCAAACCUUCAUCGCUCUGCUGAUAACUAAAACUAAAAUCCUUCCCAAAUUAGCAUCAUCCAUUUGUGUAGUAUAUGUACUUCCACUUUGGUAUCGAUCAGACAAAAUCUCUUGGUUAAGUUAAUUUUUUUAUGAUGCCUGGAAAUAGCCAAAACAACCCUAAAAUGGCAGACCUCCUGUUAGUUUAACAGCAUGGGUCCUUGAGACUUUUUUGUGGGUCUACUCAUGAUAGCCAUGCCUACUAAAUUCCAUCAUGCUAAAUGAAAAUGACUUUGGGGGCUGAAUUAUUGGAUAAUUUCAGGGGCAGUUAUUUGAGUUUUGUGUUUUUUGGUGAGUCACCAAACGCCGUUCUGCUGCGCCCACAUACAAUGAUGAGAAGAAAAAUUGUUUUACAAUUUAGCGUCAUCCAGCUGUAGAGUAUUUGAAACUUUUUUUGUUCAUGCUCCAAAUUUCAACUUGCUAAGUAAAACUGGCUUUGGGGGCUGAAUUUUCAAAAAUGUCUCAGGGAAUGUUUACAUACGGGAUGGGUUCUUGAGACAUUUUUGGCAGUAGCUAAGUUGUCAAUCGACAUACUUCCAGACAACUACAUCCUCUGUGAUUUUACAGAGCAAUGGUAGCUGUUAGCCAGUGUCAUGUUAAUCUAAAGCAAGCUAAACCAAGCCCUUUUUAAGUCCUUAAUUCAUCAUCACAAGGUCCUGCUCAUGGUGCCUAUGAUUUUCAGAAGCAUGUUUUGCUGCUAAUCCAAUGCCAAGUGAUGUUUAGAAAUCACUUACUUUGAAUGUGAAUUGCAUCAUUGUGUGUGGAUACAUGCUAAAUGCUUAACGUCAUGUUUGCAUGUACAAUAUUAUUAUUUUUUUUUUUUUGCUUAAUGACAGCAUUACAAGAAGAAAUAAAAACUUGUUUAAUUUUC